GGCCGCGGCGCCGCGUGCCUCGGGGGGGGGGGGGCGCCGCUCCUCCGCAUAGCCGGCGCUGCGCGGGGCGCCUCGCGGCGGAGCGCCGCGAGAGGUUCGCCGUGGGCGGCCGCCCCCCCGCGAGGAGCGUCCGGGGGAGCGGCGUGGCGCGAGGAGGGAGGUGCCCCGCGCGGGCAGAUGUCGCAGGCGGAGCCCGAGCCCUCCACGGAGAGGCCCGCGAAGCGGAGCUGCGCGGGGCGGGCGGGGCCCGCCGGCGCCCCCGCGGCGGACGCCAUCGUGGUGCCCGGCGGGGGGCUCACGGAGGAGGGCGCGCCCGCGCCCUGGGUGCGGGAGAGGCUGCGGAGGGCGAAGGCGCUGUACGACGCCGCGCGGGCCUCCGGGGGCGCGCCCGCGGGCGGGCCCGUGAUCGUCACCCUCAGCGCGGGCACCCCGCACAAGCCGUUCCCGCGGGACGAGCGCAGCGGGUACCAGGUGCUGGAGGCCGAGGCCAGCGCGCGGUACCUGGUGCGGGAGCUGGGCGUGCCGCCCGAGGACGUGCUCGAGGAGAACCUCAGCCUCGACACGAUCGGCAACGCCUACUUCCUCCGGGUCAUGCACACGGACGUGGUCGGGCUCAGGAGGUUGGCCGUCGUCACCAACGCCUUCCACAUGCCCCGCACCAAGGCGAUCUUCGAGGCGGUGUUCUCCCUGUCCGGCCCGGGGCAGGCAGGCGCCUCCGGGUACGACCUGUCGUUCGACGAGGUGCCGGACACGGGCGUGGAGGCGGAGGCGCUGGCCACGCGGCGGGCCCGCGAGAUGGCGUCGCUGGAGGGCUUCCGCGUCAACGCCGCGGGCUGGGGGCGGGCGGAUUCUUGUUCCAGCAGCACGGAGCGUACGCGUCGAAGCGCUUGCUCACAGAGAGGGAGCCUGUCAGCGAGGAGGUGA